CUUCCUGCAGGAGGAGAAGCGUGCAAACCUCAAGUUCGAAUCAGUUUCUUCUUAAAGCAAGAGACGCAGAGAGUGAGGCAUCCUGACAUUAUUCCCCUCAUCUUUACGGAUAUCUUCACUAUUUUUGUAACCACGGCAUCAAAGGUGGACAGCGUUUUUUCUGCUCUAUCCCUGCAUUUCUUCAAGAAAGAAAUGGAAGAGGGCUCCAGUUCUCCGGUCUCCCCAGUGGAUAGUCUGGUGACCAGCGAGGAGGAGCUGGACAGAAGGCAGAAACGCUUCGCGGGGAAGAGGAGACAAAGCAAAAAGUCCAGCGAGGACAGCAGCGGCGGCAGCAGCCCGGGUCCGGUUAAACGGGUUAAAAAGGCGAGUCCGAGCAGCAAUCAGUCGUACGAGGAGCUGCAGAACCAGCGGGUCCUGGCCAACGUCCGGGAGAGGCAACGGACUCAGUCUCUGAACGAGGCCUUUGCGUCUUUGCGCAAAAUUAUCCCCACGCUGCCCUCGGACAAACUCAGCAAGAUACAGACGCUGAAGCUCGCCUCCAGAUACAUUGAUUUUCUCUGUCAGGUGCUGCAGAGCGACGAGAUGGACAACAAGAUGUCCAGCUGCAGCUACGUUGCGCACGAAAGACUCAGUUACGCAUUCUCCGUGUGGAGGAUGGAGGGCGCUUGGUCUAUGUCAGCAUCACACUAGUACCCAGAGACCUUCACUUACAAUGCCAAAGCGACUGUUUACUACAAAGUAUGAAGACCAAAGGGAUUAUUGAAGAACCCAUCGACCUCAAAGGGCAUGGCGAAGAGACGUAAUGUGACCCACAACUACAGUACAAACUCUUCGGGUGUGGUUGUGUGUGUGUGUGUGUGUGUGUGUGUGUGUGUGUGUGUGUGUGUGUGUGUGUGUGUGUGUGUGUGUGUGUGUGUGUGGCAGAGAGAGGGGAAAGGACAGACCUGCAAUGUGUAUAGCCCAAAAAUGUUAUAGCGCAAAGCUCGGCCUGUGUUUCAACAGAAUCUUUAAUUUUAGAAGGAUAUAUAUUUUGUUUUCCAAAGACUUUAAACCAAAGUAUAAAUAUAUAUAAAUAAAUGCAUAUUGUACAUACCUGUGUAAGUACGCCUGUAAAGGGACCAAUGCAAUUUAGAGUCAUUUGCUGCAUGGAUGUAUUUCACCG